AUGGAACCCCCCGACCAAACGUGCAUUAAACUCAACAAGGACGGGUCCUUCAUGGAAGCAACCAACAAAGCAGGAGGAGGAGGAAUCAUACGGGAUCAUUCGGGCAAUAUGCUUGUAGCCUUUUGUACGCCCCUGGAUGCACACUCGGCCCUGGAGGCUGAGCUAAUGCCCAUGAUCCAAGGCCUGGACAUUGCCAAGGACUUCGGAUUACCAAUUUGGCUCGAAUCAGAUGCCGAGCAAGCAAUCAAAUUGAUCAAUGGAAUGGUUUGGGGGUCGGCAUGUGUUAGGCAAGUCGUGGCAAAAUUGAGCCUGCUCAAGCGUCAACUCAAAUUCCGAGCCACGUUCAUACACCGGGAGGGAAACAAAGCGGCGGAUCUCCUUGCUCGAAAGGGCCUAGAGCAAGACACUGACCUAAGAAUGCAACACAAUUCAGCAUCGAGAGAUCUCUUGGACCUCAUCCUACGGGAUGCAAUGGGAGUCCACCACAUUAGGGACCUCGAAGGAGACGAACACUAG